UCGCGCGCAGGGAAGGCGGGAGAACGAUACCCCAUUUCUUCUAUAUAUAAUGAACCGCUCAUAUCCGACCACAUCUCCGAUUUCCAUCGCGGUCCGCAGAAGCGAGGGUUUAGGGCGUCCCAUCGGUCGAUUUGCCAUGCACCUCCACGGAUGGGAGUCUCUCAAGCGACUCAUCGGCAAGCGGCGCCGGCCCCGCUCCCCUCACCUUGCGCGGCUCCUCUCUCCGCCGAAUCCCACUAGCGAUUCGAGGGGGGAUGUCGCCAGCGAUGCCGACACGCAGCCCUCCUCCUCGUCCGCGGAGGAACCGGCAACGACCAUGGAAGGGCACGGAGUUUAUGACAUGGAUUGGGUUUCUUGUCCCGUUUGUGAUAGAUCGAUUCGCGGGACUAAUCACAAUGUGAACUCCCAUAUCGAUACAUGUCUAAUAGCAGGCACAAAGAGGAAAUUUACCCAAUGCACUCUUCUUCAAUUUCAGUUCUUCAAAAGAAGUAAAAUGGAAUCAAGUCAGGAUGGUGUAAAACGUGAGACAGAAGAUACUGUAAAUGCUGUGUUUAGUAGUAAAAAUGAUUCUAGUAAUGCUCUUUUAUUACCUGGAGAUUCACACGGAAGUAGAAAUGGAAACACACGGGGAUUGUCCUCGGAUCAUUCUCCAAGAAAUAUAGAAACUUUUACAGAGAUUGUUCCUCCUGAGACCACUGUACUUGAUAAUACUAUUAGUCAUGAGAUAAUGGUACCAUGUGGCACCUAUAUGUUUCCUCAGAUGAACAUGGAUAAGUUGGACGCAUGUGGAACUAAAGGUGAUGACUCUGUGAUCACAUUUGAGACUUACAUUGUUGGCCGAAGAUUUCAUGAGAGUAUUGAGUUGCAACAAGGUGCAAGAGUUUCUGUGGCGAGAGAACCUGAAAAUGUUAAGGACAGGAAUGCUAUCAAGGUGCUUUAUGCGGAUUCUGGUCGUGUGGAGAUGCUUGGAUAUUUGCCUCGGGAAUUGUCAAAGCAUCUGUCUCCUCUAAUUGAUUGUCGUUACAUAGAAUGUGAGGGGUUCGUUGAUUCUCUUCCUGAACUUCGCCAUGAUGAUGUCCCUAUUCAGCUGGUUUGUCAAAAAUCUGUAGCCUGUGAUGAAAAGAAAUCUGCCCAUCUUGAUUUUUCUGAAUCCCUAUGGGAAAAUUUUCUCCUUGCUACUGAAAAUAUCAAGUUGCAAUCACCUAAAAUGACAAAGUACCAAAAGAAUUUUUCUUUGAUGAUUGAAGAGGUUAUGAGCCAUCAUUCUCAGCUGUUUACUGUCGAAGAAAAAAUGUUCACAGGUACCUUUGUGUGUUUUUUAUUUCUGUAUGUUCAAUCAAUACUUUAUUUUAUUUGCAGUAAGAACCAGGUGUUAUCUGCUUUUCUUGAUGCAGGAUCUUUUAACUCACUAUCUGAUGAGGGUCAAAGGCUUUUUAUACGUCUAUACACUCGAAAAGGUCCAUGGUUUCGGGUGAGCAACAUUUCCUACCCUGAGAUACAAGAUCCACAAAAAGCAGUUGAGGAGCUGCAGUUGGCAGGCUACAUCUACUCAUUUCAGUCUAGUGAGGAUCCAUUCAUAUAUGAUAUGAAAGAGGUUAUCGAUUUGCUUAAUGUUUCUGAAAUGCGAAAGGUCAUAAAUUUGGAACUUCCCAAGAAGAGAAUCAACUGCGCUCGCCGACAUGAGCUUAUAAAUAUCCUCUUUUCUGCUUAUGCAAAUGGAGCAUGUCCACUGCUACCAAAGAUGGUUCUUGGACAAGUGGGAACCUGCAUAAGAAUUUCUUCCUCUUCUGAUAUUCUAUUCUGGCGUAUUCAGAGGCUCUUUUUCCUUAAUGGUGAGCAGGAUCUUUCAGCAUUUCUUUUAAUUGACCUUGGAAUGAUCAAGUUCCCAGAUUAUGUCUGCAACAUUUCUCACCGAAUUUUUCAAGAUCGAACUGACCUUCUUGAAUAUGAAGAGGCCAUUGAAGUGGCACAGAUAAUGGAUGAAUCUCUAGAAGAAAGUAAUAUGGAAAUGGUGAUAAGAUGCAUUGAUAUAUCUGAUAUUCGAAUGUGUACAAGUUUCAGGGGAAAAUCUCAGUCCUCUACCUCUGGCACUCCACCACAAUUCUUUUCUACUUUUUCAGCAUCAUUUGUUUAUUCAAAAGUGCUCUCACUCGGAGUUUCUUUUUUUGAGCGUGAACAUAGGUAUGAAGAUGCAAUAAGGCUUCUUAAGGGACUCCUUAGGAGAAUCAUUCAUGACAGCAGGAGAGGAUACUGGAUGUUGAGGCUUUCUGUUGAUUUGGAGCAUAUGAAUCGUCUCAAUGAGAGUCUUUCUGUAGCUGAAGAAGGUAUAUUGGAUCCCUGGGUUCGUGCUGGUUCUAGAAUCGCAUUGCAAAGACGGGUUCUCCGUUUGGGCAAGCCACCACGCCGAUGGAGGAUACCUGAUUAUGCAGAUUCUGUUAAGCGAAAGAUCAAAGAGGUUUGUAUCAGAGGGAGACCUUUGACCAGUGAGACAGCAACAAAGAACUCGUACUAUGGCUAUGAUGGUGAGCUGUGUGGAGUCGAGCAGCUAGCUCUGCAAUUCUAUGCGGAAGAAGGGGGUGGAUGGAGUGGUGUCCACUCUGAAAGUGGCAUUUGGAUGACUAUCUUUGGCCUUCUUAUGUGGGAUGUUAUAUUCUUCAACGUGCCUGAUGUUUUUAUGUCAAGAUUUCAGAUUGCUCCGUUAGACUUCGAUACAGAUGACUUUUAUGUGACGAGGGAGAGUCUUAUAGAAUCUCAGCUGCAGAAGAUAAACGGUGGCAUGGCUGAGGAGAUUCUGAUCUCCUCAUGGGAGUCUCAUGUAGGAAUCGCUUGCCGGGGUGUCAACUGGGAGCGGCAGUCACUUUCUGAUCUACGAGUUGCUGUCGCAUGCAUUGGAGGCAGCCCUUUGGCUUCUCUGUGUCGGCAUCUAGCAACAGAUUACCGGAGCUGGUCCAGUGGCAUGCCGGAUUUGUUGUUGUGGCGUUUCCACGGAGACAAGGGUGAGGGUGAAGCAAAGCUGGUGGAAGUAAAAGGUCCAACAGAUCGGCUUUCAGAGCAACAGCGAGCAUGGCUGCUGACCCUUAUGGACUGCGGCUUCGACACUGAAGUUUGCAAGGUAAGACCCACCCUGAAAUGCCAAUAGCAUCAUCGUGUUUCAUCCUUGGUGUAGGUUUAGCUAAUUCAAUUUAUAUCGAGGAAUUCUUGUGUACAACAUUAGCAUGUGACGGUGAGAAAGGAACAAAGUUAUGAGUGAGAGAAAGAAAAAAAAGUUGUCGCUCCCAGAUCAAUAGCUAAAUUCUCCACUAUUUUGUAUAUAAUUCCAACGGUGGUAAGCUUGGAAUGACCAUCUGCCUCA